AUGCAACACGAGGAUUAUGUCAAAACCCAGUGGUAUCUGCGCCAUUUGCUCGAGACCGAUCGGAAGAUUGUUGGAAGGUUAGUGCUACAUUUUCUGAUAUUGGCUAGAAAAUGCGUGGGGGCCCAAAGGGCUCGGGUCCAAGCCCAAUUCACAAAUCUAGGCCAUAACCCCAGAAUUAAACUUGUGAAGUAUGAUGCUGUUUUCACUAGGCACCACAACGCGAUCGCGCUAAUUGUUAGGCUUGGGGAGGGUGUAAUUGGAUGUUUACUGGAAAGGCCGUCUCGCAUUGAACUACGGUAAGCCUAGCGACCAUUUUUAUGAGAUAUGGGCAACUACAAUGUUGUUGAGCACCAAAUUUACAACAACUUUCAAUCAUCGGUCCUCGAGAUGCAGUUCUUUAAAAAAAGUGCUUUUCAGAAAACGUCGCGACGUGCAACGGCUCAUUCAUCAGUACCUGACGGUGCCUGAAGACGCGAACCCGCUCGCCGUGGUGCCGUCGAAACCGCGUCGGAUCCUGUUCCGCGACGAAGUCACCUCCGAACCGCUUUCCUCGUCCGCCAACGCCAGACACGUGCCCCGUGUUCGUCUGGAUUGGGACGCCAAUUGGCCGUCGAUGGAGUCGUUCUAUCAGCAAAUGUCGCUGGCGAUGGGCUCGCUGACCAACUCGGAACUCGCGUUUGCAAUGUGUAACCCGACGAAACAGAUCACGUUUCAUCGCGAGGAUCCGGUGAAGAAGAAGGAGUUGGAGGACGAGAUGAAGGACUGGCUGCCGAAAGUGGGCCAGAGCAUUCUCGGCGCGAAGAACAAGUUCCACGAGUAUUAUCCGCCGGUGAAGCCGAUCAUUCGCAAUAAGGAGAACAUCGUCUGGGGCCCACAAUAUCGGCAUUUGGACGUGAAAACGUUGCGGACGGUGAUGGAGCACGAGCUCGCCGAGCUCGGAAUGACCCGAAUCCAGAAGAUGGUGUGCAGCGCGUGCUGUUGCUACUUCCCCUCCAAUCAGCUGUUUCUCGUGAAGGAGAAGUCGGUGGCCAAGUGCACCGCCUGCUGGGACGCCCGAAUUCUGCGCCGUCCCACCCAGACGCUCUUCGAUCUGCUCGUCGUCGGAAUCGCCGAGAAGUGGGCCGAGAUGGUCGGGAAACGGAUCGCGUUUUUGUACGGCGAAUGGGAUGAGCGCCUGACGCCGAUGGUCCGGAUGCUCAAGGAGAAUGUGCUGCUCGCCGGCGAGAUUGCCGCACUGCUCAAGAGUUGCAAUGAUCCGGAGGAGUUGGCGGACGCGUGUGAGGCGGUUAGUUAGUUGGGCCUAAGAGUGGCCUAGGAACUAAGGAUUCGACUGAGAACGCUUGUAACCUGUCAGAAAAUGACGUUAGACUAAUGCCUUGAUGACUUGGAUAGAAUUUUAUUGGAAACCGAUUCUUGUGGCCUAGAAACUCAUAGGAACGGCCUAGGAUCCCACAGAAACCAAUUGUGACAAGCUAGAUGCAUCUUUGAUGAUUUUUCCAACAUUGUUCGUUUCAGAUCAUCGUGACCACAAUGGUUUUCUACCUCGAGUACAUUGAUUUUCGUCGAAGCUGCGAAGCGCUAAUGAGCAUGAAACCCGACGUAACGUACGAGCAACUCUUCAACAUUUUCGCAAUCUAUUUCCCAAAUCGGGCGAAAAACGUCAAAACUGGUGACUUUUUGUGA